AUAUAUAUGUAUUUUACUUUUAGGUUUCUACCUUGUAAAUACUGUUAUUUGUAUAUACUGUAAAUGAUGACAUCGGUGGGCACGAAUCGAACCCGGGGAAACUGGGAGCAGACACAGACACAGAGCCAGAUACAGCACAAACAGCGGCCACAGGCUACUGCAGAGCAAAUUAGACUUGCAGCGAUGAUUUCAGAUCAUAGUGAUGCUGACUUUAAAGAGAAAGUUAAUCAGCUGGUUGACAUCACAGGAAAAAACCAAGAUGAAUGUUUGAUCGCUCUUCAUGAUUGUAACGGAGAUGUUAACAGAGCAAUCAAUGUUCUGCUAGAGGGAAACCCUGACACUGAUUCCUGGGAAAUGGUAGGUAAAAAGAAGGGCGUCUCUGGACAGAAAGAGAGUGGACAGACUGAACCCACAGAAGAGAGCAAAGAAAACAGAGAAAGAGAUCGUGACUACAGUAGGAAACGUGGGGGCCCUCUCCGAAGAGGUAGAGGCUCCAGCCGCAACAGAGAGUAUCGAGGGCAGGAAAAUGGACUUGAUGGGGGCAAAAGCAGUGGUCCAUCUGGGAGAGGUUCUGAGAGGGGGAGACGAGGGCGUGGACGGGGGAGAGGUGGAUCUGGAAGGAGAGGAGGAAGGUUCUCUGCACAAGGAAUGGGGACAUUCAACCCAGCAGAUUAUGCAGAGCCAACCAGCACAGAGGACAGCUAUGGGAGCAGCAGUAAUACGUGGAACAGUACUGGCACAUUUGAGCCAGAUGAUGGAACAAGACUUGAUUUCAUUGGGGGUGAGGGGUCAGAUUAUUCCCGGAAUUUUGGCACUGCUCCUGGUGCUUGGAGGACUACAACAGAAGAAUGGGGUACAGAGGACUGGAAUGAGGAUCUUUCUGAAACAAAGAUUUUCACUGCCUCAAGUGUGGCAUCUAUGCCUUUGCCUUCAGAAAAUGUGACAAUCACUGCUGGGCAGAGAAUCGACUUAGCAGUGCUGCUGGGAAAGCCUCCCUCUACCUCAAUGGAGAAUGAGCAAGUUCUUGACUCAUCCCAAGCUGCUUCUUUGUCUCAGUCCUUGGUCUUCAGUAACUCCAAACAAAAUUCAUUAUCACAAUCUGCCUCUGGAAAUGCAUUUACUCCACACAGUAUGGUGGGAAUGCUGGGCAAAGGUUUUGGUGACGUUGGGGAACCAAAGGGUGGAAGUGCAAGUGGUUCACAUUUCUUGGAACAGUUAAAGACUGCACAGGCUUUAGCACAGCUGGCUGCUCAACAUACACAACCUAACAGUAAUAACACAUCACCAUCUUGGGAAAUGGGAUCGACACCACCAAAUUCUGCAUUAAGGCAGUAUGAUAUGAAGACUUCACCAGAUUCAGUGGUUCACAGUACAUUCCCAAAACGACAAGUUUAUGCACCUGCCACCAAUAUGAUAGAUGUUUUCAUGCAAGAAAAGCAGCCUGUAGUUACAACCCCCCCUGCUCCUCCGCCUUCUUCGCCGCUUCCCAGUAAAAGCAGCAGUGCUCCUCAAAUGUCACCAGGGUCCUCUGAUAACCAAUCCUCGAGUCCUCAGCCAGUACAACAGAAGCUGAAGCAGCAAAAAAAGAAAACUUCCAUUUCAUCAAAGAUUCCAUCAUUAGCAGUGGAGAUGCCUGGGUCUUCAGAUAUCACAGGGUUAAAUUUGCAAUUUGGAGCAUUGCAGUUUGGCUCUGAACCUGUGCUUCAGGAAUAUGAGUCUUUGCCAGCCGCCAGCACCCCAACAAGCCAACCUCCAAGUAGCCUGUACACCACUACUACUAGUGACUCCUCGGUUUCAUCCAGUCAAAGCCAGGAUUCAAGUUACCAAAGUGGUGCUAUCCAAACGUCUACUUACACCCCUCAGAAUGGUGCGCAAGGUCCAUUGUAUGAACAGAGAGCCACACAGACCAGGCGGUAUCCCAGUUCCAUCUCUUCCUCUCCUCAGAAGGAUCUAACACAAGCAAAGAAUGGCUUCAGUUCAGUGCCAGUUACACAAGCUGUGGAAGUCACACCAGGGUCUUCAGUGAAGUCAGAUUCACCUACUGCCACCAGUGUGGCUCCACUCAAUGAUGCAGUAUCUGCUUCAUCACUGCUGACAACUGUGAAUCCACAUCCAGCCACUCUGAAUAGCCUAAACCAUAAUGAAGAGCUUCCAAGCACUACCAUUGCACAGCACAACAGUGCAUUGUCUACGCAACACAACAGCCUUUCAUCUUCCACGGUACGCACUUCUUCAACUACACUUUUGCAGCACACAAGUGUUGAGAGUGAACCUAGCCUGCAUCCGCCCCCAAGCACUUUCUCGACUGCUUCCAGUACUGCUUCAGCUGCACCACCUCCAGUCAAUGCUUCAUCCACACUUAGUAAUGUCAGCAGUCUUGGCCUGAACUUGAGCAGCAACUCCACAGUGACAGCUUCAACUCGCAGCUCAGUAGCAACAGCAUCUGCCCCAGGUGUAUGGCUAUGAUGAUCUUCAGAUGCUUCAAACCAGAUUUCCCCUGGAUUAUUAUAGCAUUCCAUUUCCUACACCCACAACACAGUUGACUGGAAGAGAUGGAAGCCUUACUAGUAAUCCUUAUUCUGGUGACCUUACAAAGUUUGCUAGAGGUGACGCAUCUUCACCUGCCCCAGCGACAACAUUAGCACAACCCCAGCAGAAUCAGACUCAAACACAUCAUACCACUCAGCAGACAUUCCUGAACCCAGGUCUGCCACCUGGUUAUAGUUAUACCAGCCUGCCAUAUUAUCCCGGGGUACCAGGGCUACCUAGCACUUUCCAGUAUGGGCCUGCCAUGUUUCCUGUUGCUCCUACCUCUUCUAAGCAGCACAGUGUGAACGUUGGUGUGAACACGUCUGCGACCCCCUUCCAGCAGGCAAGCGGGUAUGGCUCUCAUGGAUACAGCACUGGAGUUUCAGUGACUUCUAGUAACACCGGAGUACCGGAUAUAUCUGGCACAGUUUACUCCAAAACUCAGCAGUCCUUUGACAAACAGGGAUUUCACACAGGGACACCAGCAGCCUCAUUUAAUCUGCCUUCAGCACUGGGUAGUGGUGGUCCCAUGAACCCAGCAACAGCAGCAGCAUACCCUCCAGCUCCAUUUAUGCAUAUCCUGGCACCACAUCAGCAGCCACACUCACAGAUCCUACAUCACCACCUGCAACAGGAUGGUCAGAGUGGCACUGGACAGCGCAGCCAGGGAACCUCCAUUCAACAGAAAUCUCAGCCUAAUAAAUCAGCCUAUAACAGCUACAGCUGGGGUACAAACUGAAAUGGCCAAGAUUAACGUCUUGUUUAUGCUGUCAACAUGAACAAUGGAAAGUAAAAAAAAAAAAAAAGAGUUGUGAUCCUUUUUAACAACAAAGUCUCUGCAAGUCAAGGGAAGACAAAGAUACCGAAAUUUCAGCUCUGCGUUUGUGUCUGUAUUUGCCCACCUUUACUGUUGUAUGUAAUAUAGAAUUUGUAUUUUUUCUUCUCUAAUUUUUUUCUGCAUUCAGAUUAUGAAAUGCUUGUUAUUUUUUUCUCCUUUUCCAACAGAUGAAGGAGUUAAAAAAAGUAAGCCUACAGUAAAGAAAAAAAACUUUAUUAGAAAAUACGGAAACAAUAAUUGAUAUGGAGAGCAUUGUAUUAUGAAUUUGUUGAAGUGUUUUUGUACUGUGUUCUAAAUUUAAUGGAUAAAUGUGUCUUGUAUAUAUAAAAAAAACGCACACACACCUAGAAA